AAUGAUUAGAGAUGAUUUGAUAAUUUCUGACCCAAUACGAAAAGUUGUUAAGCAUAAUCCUGAAUAAAAUAAUGAACCUGAUCUAGAAGAAACUAAAGAUGGAGGUGAUACAAAUACUUCUUAAUCUGAACAAAAUAUGAGUGAAUACGAAUAAAGUAUAAUCCAUGAUUCAUUCGAAUCAUUUUCAAUUCCAAGUCCUAUUUUGUUGAGCAACUACAAUUCAUUUAGACAGCGAAACGGGUUAAUAACCAGUAGUUCAAGUUCAGAUUCCUCCAGCUCAAGUUCAAGUUCAAGUUCGAGUUAGACAUCUGAAAGUGAGGAAGAUGAGGAAAGGAAAGAAAACUUGUCUGUAUCAAUUUCUGAAUGAU